CAAAAGUACCAUCAGAAAUGUGACCCUGAUCCUCAGCAGACCAGAGAGACUAUCAUGGCACUGGGAAAACUGGCUUUCCAGCAGCUGGAGAAAGGAAACCUGAUCUUCUAUGAGGAAGACCUGAGAGAGUGUGGCAUUGAUGUCAGAGAAGUGUCCGUGUACUCAGGAGUGUGUACCCAGAUCUUCAGAGAGGAGUUUGGUCUUCACCUGGGGAAGGUGUUCAGCUUCGUACAUCUGAGUGUUCAGGAGUUUCUGGCUGCUUUUUAUGUAUUUUUCUGCUUUAUUUUAAGAAAUACAAAUGUGGAGAAAAGCACCGGACUUUUUAAUUCCUUCAGAAAUCCAAACAUGUCUGAUCUCCUCAGGAGUGAAGUGGACAAGGCCUUACAGAGUGAGAAUGGACACCUGGACCUGUUCCUCCGCUUCCUUCUGGGUCUCUCACUGGAGUCCAAUCAAACUCUUUUACGAGACUUAAUGCCACAGACAGGAUGCAGAUCUCACAGCAAACAGGAAACAGUGAAGUACAUCAAGGAGAAGAUCAGGGAGAAUCCAUCUCCAGAGAAAUCCAUCAAUCUGUUCCACUGUCUGAAUGAACUGAAUGAUCAUUCUCUAGUGCAGGAAGUACAAACUUACCUGAACAUAGGAGGUGACAGUCGUCUCAGUGGAACCAGACUCUCUCCUGCUCAGUGUUCAGCUCUGGGGUUUGUGUUACUGAGCUCAGAACAGAAUCUGGAUGUGUUUAUUUUGAGGGAAUAUGCUCUGUCGCAUGAAUGUCUUCUUAGGCUGCUGCCAGUGGUCAAAGCCUCCAGAAAAUCUGAUCUGUUUCAGUGUAAUCUGACAAAGAAAAGCUGUAGAGUUCUGUCCUCAGUUCUCAGCUCAAACUCCUCCAGUCUGAGAGAACUGAACCUGAGUAACAAUAAACUGCAGGAUUCAGGAGUGAAGCUGCUCUCUGAUGGACUAAAGGAUCCACACUGUACACUG